AUGAUACAACUUGAAACAUUGCGGCUUGUGCUUUGUAUAGACUUUUUAGUAGAAGCAAUGAGUGAUCGUUCGCUUUUGCAUAUCGAAUGCAUAGCCCUCCUUACUUAUGAGCUUGGAGAACAUGGUGUUGGUGUAGGAGGAUAUGCAGGUGGUGGUGGUAGCGGAAGUGGUGGAGGUGGUGGGGCAGUUCAUGGUGGAGGUAGUGAGCAUGUUGGUGGAUAUGGUAAUGGUGGUGGUGGUAGCGAAAGCGGUGGAGGUGGUGGAGCAGUUCAUGGUGGAGGUAGCGAGCAUGCUGGUGGAUAUGGUAGUGGUGGUGGUGAAGGAGGUGGUGCAGCUGGUGGUGGUGCUGGUGGAGGAAGUGGUGGUGGUGCAGCUUAUGGAGCCGAAGGUGGAGGCCAUGGAGGUGCAUCAUCAGCUGGUGGGGCUUCUUAUGGUAGUGGUGGUGGUAGCGCUUAUGUUGCAGGAGGAGAGCACGCUGGAGGAUACGGAGGUGGCGAAGGUGGAGGUCACGGAGGUGCUUAUGGUGCUGGUGGUCAUGUUAGUGGCGGUGGGGGAGGAAGUGGAAGUGGAGGUGGAUCGGCUUAUAGCGGUGGAGCUUCCGGAGGAGCAUAUAGUAGUGGCAGUGGAGCAGGUGGUGGAUACGGAGGUGAUGCUAGUGAAGCAGGCCAUACAUCUGUAACUAGAGGAGGCGGUGGAGGUGCUUAUGCCGGUGCUAGUGGCGCCCAUGCAAGUGGAUAUGGUGCUGGUGAAGGAGUUGGUCAUGCAGGAGGAUACAUGCCUUGA